AUGGCUUCUGUCCCUAGCCAUUCCUCCCUAUUUUCCCUGGUGCUGAUACUCUUCUUCAUCCAUUUUGCACAAUGUGAAGCCCUAACCCAAGAAUUGAUCGAUAAGAUCUGCCAUGGAACUCAAGACUACAACCUCUGCAUCAAAAUCUUCAAAGACAACGUCAAAUCUCCAACAACAGACCUUGUCGGCCUGACUCAUCUGACUAUUGACUUAGCUCUGAAAAAUGCCAUAGACACAUGUGCUUAUACUCAGAGAAUCCUUGAUGAAGCAACUACUCCAGAAGUUAGAAAGGUUCUUGGAGAGUGUGUGAAGGAUUAUCAGCUAGUUGUGGAGGGUUUUCAGCAAGCUUCUACCGCCUUUGCUGGAAAAAAGUACAAGGAUAUGGUAGCUAAGGAAUCAGCAACGCCAGCAGCAAUAUCUGCCUGUGAAAGGGGUAUGCCUCCUGCUUUCCCAGUGAAUCCAUAUUUCUUUCUGAUUGAAAGGGAUAAGCAGCUGAAAGUUCUCAUUUCCAUGUCUGUGGUCACUGGGAAACUUCUUUGUUCCUGCUAA